AUGGCUCGACUUUUCGCUUCCGUAUUCCUUCUCCUAGGUUUUGCUUUAGCCGGUGUAAGUUACGCCGCAGAUUCAUCUUCACCUUCUCCACCGACGAUGACGACAUCAAACACCACUGUAAAAUCUCCCCCAGUGCUUCCCAUCGUGAAAAACUCAACGGACGCUACAGAUUACACCGAUUACGAAGUCCCUCUAGAUCUUGCGCCGGGAGGAGUCGAAGUCGUGGACGAUUACGCGCCGUUCAAUACUGGUAGAGGACCUGAUGAGCUUGCGCAACCUGAGGAGGAUUUAAAAAGUAAGGGAAGUGAGCCUAAGAACUCGGCCUCUUCUUCUUUUUCUUCUUCUUCCUACGUUGUCUUUGUUGGUGCUGCUGGAUUGUUUUUGUUUUGA